GUGUCCUGAAAAAUGGCCGAUGAUAUUGAUAUUGAAGCAAUGCUUGAAGCUCCUUAUAAGAAGGAUGAGAACAAAUUGAGCAGUGCCAAUGGCCAUGAAGAACGCAGCAAGAAGAGAAAAAAGAGCAAGAGCAGAAGUCGAAGUCAUGAUAGGAAGAGGAGCAGAAGCAAGGAACGCAAACGGAGUCGAGAUCGUGAAAGGAAGAAGAGCAGAAGCCGGGAAAGGAAACGGAGCAGAAGCAAAGAACGCAGACGCAGUCGUUCUAGAAGUAGAGAUCGCAGAUUCAGAGGCCGCUAUAGAAGUCCCUACUUUUGCCGCAGUUCUGGUCCAAAAUUCAACAGUGCCAUCAGAGGGAAGAUUGGUCUGCCUCACAGCAUCAAAUUAAGCAGACGACGCUCCAGAAGCAAAAGUCCCUUCAGAAAAGACAAGAGCCCUGUUAGAGAACCUAUUGAUAAUCUUACCCCUGAAGAGAGGGAUGCUCGAACAGUGUUCUGCAUGCAGCUGGCUGCGAGAAUUCGACCAAGAGACCUGGAAGAAUUUUUCUCUACAGUAGGGAAGGUUCGUGAUGUGCGAAUGAUUUCUGAUAGAAAUUCCAGGCGUUCAAAGGGAAUUGCUUAUGUAGAAUUUGUUGAUGUUAGUUCAGUGCCUCUGGCAAUAGGACUAACCGGACAGAGAGUCUUGGGUGUACCAAUCAUAGUGCAAGCAUCACAGGCAGAGAAAAACAGAGCAGCAGCAAUGGCAAAUAAUCUGCAGAAGGGCAGUGCUGGUCCUAUGAGGCUGUAUGUAGGAUCAUUACACUUCAACAUAACUGAAGAUAUGCUUCGUGGAAUCUUUGAGCCAUUUGGCAGGAUUGAAAGCAUCCAACUGAUGAUGGAUAGUGAAACUGGACGUUCAAAAGGAUAUGGAUUUAUUACGUUUUCAGACUCUGAGUGUGCCAAAAAGGCCUUGGAGCAACUCAAUGGAUUUGAGCUGGCUGGUAGGCCAAUGAAAGUUGGACAUGUAACUGAGCGCACUGAUGCUUCCAGUGCUAGUUCAUUUUUGGACAGCGAUGAGUUGGAACGGACUGGAAUUGACUUGGGAACAACUGGUCGCCUUCAGUUGAUGGCAAGACUUGCAGAGGGUACUGGUUUGCAGAUUCCCCCAGCUGCACAGCAGGCUCUGCAGAUGAGUGGAUCUUUGGCAUUUGGAGCUGUGGCAGAUUUGCAAACAAGACUUUCUCAGCAGAAUGAAGUUCUGGCCGCAGCUGCUUCUGUACAACCACUUGCAACACAGUGCUUCCAGCUUUCCAAUAUGUUUAAUCCUCAAACUGAAGAAGAAGCUGGCUGGGAUACAGAAAUUAAAGAUGAUGUGAUUGAGGAAUGUAACAAACAUGGAGGAGUUAUCCACAUUUAUGUAGACAAAAAUUCAGCUCAGGGCAAUGUGUAUGUCAAAUGUCCUUCGAUUGCUGCUGCCAUUGCAGCUGUAAAUGCAUUGCAUGGGAGGUGGUUUGCAGGUAAAAUGAUCACAGCAGCAUAUGUACCUCUUCCCACAUACCAUAGCCUUUUCCCAGAUUCUAUGACGGCAACCCAACUACUGGUUCCUGUUCGACGAUGAAGAUGGAUUUAGUCAGUUUUGUACAUAGUUAUUUUUUGGAGGAAGAUUGAGUUAUCUUUUAUUUAGAUAAAACUAAAGGAAAGGAUUUAAUGUCAUUUUUGUGUACACUUCCUGCUACCUUUAAAAAUAAAAUGAAGUAAGCAGAAAUGCAGUGUGUUCAUUCUCCCUGACUAGCAUUUCCACUGUAUACAAAGCUGUUGACUUCUUGUUCUGCCUUGUAAUUCUUGUACAUUUACUAAGGUGAUCUGUAGGAAAUGAGAAGUAGCUCAUAGAAAACAAAUUAUCUGUAAAAGGCAGAUGGGACAUAAUGACAUUUUUAAUGUUUCACAAGCCUUUCUUUUAAUGCAGCAAUUACAUUUUACAUUUCACUAAAUGUAGGUGAUCUGCUAAAGGUUAAUAUUGGAGAUAGACUUUAUGAAGGGACAUAUUUAGUGUUUUGUAUAAAUGGAAAAUUCAAAAGGCUACUGAAAGCUGAUUCUGGUCAGCCACUCAGCUUGCUUUGUGCUGAAUAAUCGGUAAGAAUAGAAGGAUUGAAGGGUUUUAUUUCUUGAUGGUAACUUUUGAUUAAUGUAUCUGUAAAAGUUUCUUUGUAAAUACUGUGUGAGGUGUGUCUAAGUUUCCAAACAAAACUCUCUCUGCAUUUCCACAUAAGUUUCUAUGUAUGCAGCGUGGCACAGCUGAAGGGUUUCGGCCAAGUCUGAAAAUGAGCAGGAAAUACAGAAACAUGUUUUGUUCUGGUUGCAUAUAAUCUUUGCUCUUUUUAAGCUCUGUGAGCUCUGAAAUAUAUUUUUGGGUUACUUCAGUGUGUUUGACAAGACAGCUUGAUAUUUCUAUCAAACAAAGACUUUCAUAUUGCAACAAUCUUUGUAAGAACCACUCAAAUAAAAUUCUCUUAAAAAGGCCUU